UUGUUUUUUUUUUUAGCCGCAGGGUUCAUCGCAUUGGAAAGUUCAUGUCGGAAUGUUCGUUGUGUUUUGGUUAUCGAUUGUGGAUUCUCGUCGGUUACUGUUGCUCCAUUUCUUGAUGGAAAGGCAGUGCAGCAAGGAAUAGUACGUAUUGAUGUGGGUGGGAAAGUGUUGACGAACCAGUUAAAGGAAUGGAUAAGCUAUCGCGAUCUGAAUGUUAUGGAAGAAACGUAUCGUGAUGAACGCAAUACUAUUCGUCGAGAAUACGUAUUGCCCGACUUUUGUCGUGUAUUUCGAGGAUACUUGAGGGAUCCUUCUAAAGCAGGGAAAUCAGUACCGUCGGAAGAUUCACCUCAAGCUAUCAAUUUGAACAGAGAACGCUUUGCCUUGCCUGAAAUUAUGUUUCACCCAUCAGACAUCGGCCUGAAUCAAAUGGGAGUAGUUGAAGCCGUUGUGGAGUCAUUGUCACGGUGUCCGGUGAAUCUACGUGCUGCUCUUGUGCAGAACAUUUCUCUUGUCGGAGGCUGUACUUUAUUUCCUGGUUUUCGAGAACGAUUCAUAUCGGAAUUGCGCUCUUGUUUGGAUGUGGAUUGGUGUGUUGCACUGGCGGACGUUACGAAUCCAAUAACUCACGCCUGGUCUUGUGCAUCGGCAGCUUUUACGGGAGAUAUGGUCGACGAGGAUAAACUCUUCGUAUCCCGAGAUGAAUGGAAUGAGCACGGAGAGGAAAUUCUUCAUAAGAAGUUUCUCAAUUUUUUGACUUUCGAGUCAGAAGAGAAUGACGGUGCUUCUGAUGAAGCUAAUGAGUGA